AGAGCCAUAGUCAAUAGAAAACUCCCCUUGUUAGGUGACUGUCUGAAAGUCCAAACAAGCAGACAAGAAGAAGCAGAAGACUGUUUCAUAUGAAGAAGAAGAAGAAAUUCUGAGACCAAAAGAUGGAUAAUUUGCUUUGUGAUGAACUUGUACAAGAAGUCUUCCUAAGACUGCCACCAUCUUCAUCUUCCUCUGUUUCUCUGGUCUCCAAGCGCUGGCUUCACCUCCACCGCACCUCCAGAACCUCUCUCACUCUCCGUCUCACCGGAGACGAUUCCACAGUAGCUUCUCUGUCCUCCCUCCUCUCUCACUACCCUUUCCUCUCUUGUCUCUCUAUUCUGUUAUCUGAUCCCAGAAGCAAGACCACUUUGGCUGAUCAGCUCCUUCUGUUGGUCUGUACCUUCUGUGCUCAGCUUCACAGCCUCAGGUUCUUUGCUGGUCCAGUUUCUGCGUCCUCCCUCUCUUCUCUCUCUGCAGCAUGUACCCAGCUAACCUCUCUAUGUAUCAGCCUCUCCAGGCCCCUCUUCCUCAUGUGGAUCAUCGGUUUUCCGAAAUUGAAGGAAUUGUCAAUCAUGGUGUGCUCUGGGGGAGUUGGGGUUGAACAAGGAAAUGAUUAUGGGGUUUCUGCAGAUGAGGAUUCUGGUGCUGAAUUGGGUUUAGAGAGUCUUUGUUUAUCUGGGAUUGGAGCUGGUGAUUGGGGAUUGGGUUGGCUUUGGAGGAGCUGUAGAAAGCUGAAGAAGUUGCAGCUGAAGAGCUGUGAGGGAGUUGGGGAUGGAGGCUCUUUUUCGUCAUUCAUUAUGUGCUUGCAGGGUGUUGAAGAAGUGGAGCUCAGGACUUGUAGGAGUAUACUUGAUGGGGUUCUGUUGAAAUUGGCCGAAAAUUGUGAUUCUCUGGCUUCUCUUUUGAUUUAUGAUGGUGGUAGCAGGGAGGGUCUGCUCAGGUUCUUUAGCCAAUGCCAUUGUAAUUUGCAAAAACUUGAUUUUCGAUUGCCUCUUGACCUUAAGAAUGAUCAUCUAUUGGCUGUUGCUACGAAUUUCAGAAGCCUUUCAAGUCUUAGGCUUCAGAGUUGUUGUCUUGUUAGUGGUGAAGGCCUAAAGGCACUUGGGACUGCUGUGAAUUCUGGCCUUGAAGAAUUGGCACUAAUAAACUGUGAUGUUGUUGAAAGGGAACCAGGGUUGCUGUCCACAUUGGGACAGAAUUUGAAGAAACUCAAGAAAUUGGAUUUGUCAUACAACGAAAUGUUGUUUGACAAGGAAUUCAUGUCAAUGCUAGUUUCGUGUAAGUAUUUGGUUGAUUUGAAGGUGAGAGGGUGUAAAGGGCUUACUAAUGCAUCCAUCAUUUCUAUGUUGAAGAGCUGUAAACGUUUGGAGAGUGUUGAUAUCAUGCACUGUCAUGGGAUUCAGGCUGAAGCCAUUGAAUCUUUUGUUCUGAACUCUCCUCAGCUGAGACGGGUACAGGUGGAGCAAUGCAAGAUAUCAGAUUUUGCAAAGACAUGGGCAUCGCAUAAGUUCGUUGAAGCUGUUGCUUGAUUCACUAGUAUUUAUGUUAAUAAAUGUUUGAAAUGAACAGGUAUGUAUCACAGGUCUCACCACUUCUUCUGUUUUCAAUCGUAUAAGUUAUGGAUUUGAAGUGCAGCUGAUGCUCUGAAUAGUUGUAUAUAUGUGUACAGAAUGAUCAAUGUGUGAUGUGCUAAUAAAAUGCUCCAUUGCUUGCUCUU